ACGUAAGAGGUUAUUUAAUUUAUAAUAUUGUUUUGGUCUGUAAUACAGGUUAAAAUUAUAACUUUAUAGACGAAAUAUGGAUCCAGAUUUUGAAGAAUUAUCGCAUGACACUGAAAUUAUUGCAAAAAUUAAACAGCUUCGUGAUGUAACGUUGAGAAUUGAAGACACAAUGAAACUUGCUACUCAUCCAGAAAUAUAUGAAAAACUGUCUAAUACAGAUAAAAUUCAAUAUAAUCUAUUAAUGUCUUAUUGCCUAAACAGUAUGUUCUGGAUGUAUUUACGUACAGAAGGAAUUGACCCAACAAAACAUCGAAUAAAAAUGGAAAAUGACCGUUUAAAAAAGUGUAUGACACAUGCAAAACAAAUUAAUGAUAGAAAUCUUCCUAUUCGUCGUUUAAAUAAAGAUGCAGCACAAAGAUUUAUCAGAAAUGGAUUAUGGGAAAUGAAAAAUAAAACAUGA